AUCACAGCCUCCUUCGCCGGAAAAAUCCAUCUUCAAUCGAAACAAAAAAAGAAACCUCUAACGAAACUCUUAACGCCAUCCGAAUUCCGUCAUUCCAUCUCAAUCUCUACAUGAAUUCUCCAAAUUCCCUAUAGCUCCCCGCUUCAUAAAACCCUAGCUCUUUCGCCUCUCGCCUAAAUCCUCAAUUUCCAAUAUGUCGUCGGACUUGCUGCUGAAGCCGUCGUGCGGCGGCUGCGGAUCCACCUCCGAUUUGUAUGGGAGCAACUGUAAGCACAUGACCCUGUGCAGCGCUUGCGGCAAAACCAUGGCCGAGAACAAAGCCAAAUGCUACGACUGCGGCGCCGUCGUCACUCGCUUGAUUCGAGAGUAUAAUGUUAGGGCAAGCACUGCCAGUGAGAAGAACUACUUCAUUGGUAGGUUUGUGACAGGGCUGCCCAAUUUUUCGAAGAAGAAGAGUGCUGAAAACAAAUGGACUCUUAGGAAGGAUCUUUCGGAUCCGAGAAGGAGUAAGGAUAAGGAUGGUCAGGACCAGAAGAAAUAUAAGGAUGUUCGGCCGCCUACUGAUGCCUCUCGGGAGAGGCAUAAAAACAAACCAUGGGUCUUGGAGGAUGAUUCAGGCCAGUCUCAGUACAAUGGUCAACUUGAAGGUGCGCAGUCAGCAAUCUACUACCUAUUAAUGUUGCAAGGGAAGGAGUUUUCUGCUAUCCCCGCUGGUUCUUGGUUCAACUUUAACAAGGUUGCACAAUAUAAACAACUUACUCUAGAAGAAGCAGAGGAGAAGAUGAACAAUAGGAAAAAGACUCAAGAUGGAUAUGAAAGAUGGAUGAUGAAAUCUGGAACUAAUGGACCGGGUCCACUUGGUGAGAAGGAACCCGGUGUGGCUAGUGUAAAGGGACGGAAUAAAAUGACUGGUGAUGAUGAUGAGGGAAAUUUCUCUGAUAAAGGGGAGGAGGAUGAGGAAGAAGAGACAGCAAGGAAAAAUAGGCUUGGUCUCAACAAAAAAGGCGGUGAUGAUGAGGAAGAUGAAGGUGGAAAUGAUGAUGAUGACCUAGAUGAUGAUAGCAGUGAGAAGGGUGAUGAUUGGGAGCACGAAGAGAUAUUCACUGAUGAUGACGAAGCUGUUGGUAUCAAUCCUGAGGAGAGAGAAGAAUUCGAACCUGAAGUACCAGCUCCUCCAGAAAUUAAGCAGGAUGACGAUGAUGAUGACGCUAAUGAAGAGGAGGGUGGGCUGAGCAAAUCAGGAAAAGAGUUGAAAAAGCUACUUGGGCGAAGUGCUGGCCUGAAUGAGUCAGAUGCUGAUGAUGACGACGAUGACGACGAUGAUAUGGAUGAUGAUAUUGCCUUGCCCCCAGUGGUGGCUCCAAAGCAGAAGGAUGCACCCAAACCGGAACCAGUUGACAACAGUCCUGUUAAACCAGGGACUUCUGGAUCUGCUGCUAAAGCAAACCCAUCUGCUUCCAAGUCGGCCAAGGGAAAGAGAAAGUCGAAUGGUGAUGAUGCUAAAGCAUCCAACAGUGCACCUGCCAAGAAGGUGAAGACUGAAAAUGAGCAAAAAUCAGUCAAAGAGGAGCCUGCCUCUGAAAGUAGUGUGCCUGCAAAAGGUACUACUGCAUCCUCGAAAACAAGUUCGACACCAUCUGGUGGUCCUACAGGUCCCGUAACUGAGGAAGAAAUUAGGGCAGUUUUGAUGCAAAAGUCGCCCAUCACCACACGCGAUCUUGUUAAUAACUUUCCUGGACGACUCAAAACAAAAGAGGAGAAGGAUGCUUUUGCAGCAAUCCUGAGGAAAAUGUCUAGGAUACAGAAGAACAACGGAAUCAGCUAUGUUGUUUUGAGGGAGAAGUAAUUGAAACCUGUUGAUAGUGAAAGUAGCAUAAUAUUUUAAAAGAUAACUAGAAUUGACCUCUAUAAACUUGUAAUCCUGAUAGGUGUAUUGUAAUGGUUAAUUUCCCCCUGGACAAUGAUCUGGUCCUGGUUCGACACUGAAUUUGCUAUAUCACCAAAGGAGACUCUACUGUCGUAGAUUUGUGUUUUC